AGACAAGGAAUUGUGAUCGCAACUCAUACCUCGAAGAUCAUGCAGCUGAGACCCAAAAGAAUUUUACACCGUGAACAUAAGUGUAAUUUCUGUUGAGGAAGGAAUAGUUCAUAAUGUGGGAUGCUCGUGCGGCCUCUUUGAGUGGAAUGACUACACAACCAAGCGUUCAAGUUAUUCUUAACCCUAACAUUUCCAAGACCAAGGGGAGAAAAAAAGAGAACAAAAGGUGGAAAUCAAGCCUAGAAGUAGCAACAAGUGGCCAACGUCGGUGCGGUAUUUGUCGAGCAAUUGGACACAACGCAACCACUUGCAAGAAAAGAAAUGAUGAGGCUGCUAUUCCAGAUCCAAGAAGAGAACAAGAAUGAGUAAAUAGAGAGGGCACAAUUUUCAUGAUUCCUUGUUAUGUAUUUUAUGUAUUUCUUAUUAUGUUUAUCGUGUCUUGAGAAUUCCAUUCAUUUGAAACAAUAAAUUGAAUGUAUGUUG